AUGCCUAGAUUCUCCGUCUCUUUCGGCAGGCGGCGAUCGACCGUCAACUCGGAGGAGUUCCAUGAUGAGCCGCUAGAGACGACGACCAAAGAAAGGCCGACGUCCUUCCGCGUCUUAGAGCGGACUGAAGUAGGAGGACAAAAGUCAUUUGAUGGUGGACACAGGCUGCUCAAGGCAACCACGACAGCAAUUCCUCCCAAGCAAUAUUCGGACCUGUCUCUCGAGGACAACAACAUGUUUGCUGACGUGAAGAACAACCGGGGAAGUGGGUCAUCUAAUACCACCAAAACAACCUCGACAGAUACUUCUUCGCGCCACAGCAACGUCUCGACCACACCGUCUUCGGCUGACCUUGGCCAUCAAGGGGCUCAGGAAGAAUGGAAACCCUCGAUUAGAAAAUCACAAACCGAAGUUCCAGCUCCCAAGCACAGCUCCGGUGGGUUCCUGAGCAAAGCCGGCAGAACCUUUUCCUUUGGCGGUCAAAAGAAGAAUCAAGUUCCUUUUGACGAUCAUCCGCUGCCUCCGCCGCCCUUGCCUCCCCAGGCGUCGCUGGAGGACGAUCAUACCCGCAGACCGAGAGGCUUAACGGAUUCCACUGACAGGACGGCUACGCCGCCGAAGCUCAGUGAAGAGGACUUUGCCCUCGACUUUGGCAGUAAUUUUGGUAACAUGUUCAAAGGGUCCGGAUUCGACAAAAGAGCCAGCCAAAUGACGCUUCCCGGCAACGACAAGUCCAACAUGGGACCUCGUUCCCUUACAACAAACCGAGUCAACCAACCCCAGCCAUCGCCCAUCAAGAUAGACAAGUCCAUCAAAGUUGAGGCCUCGCCUUAUUCAUGGAGCAGUCAACACUCCAAUGACAAUCUGCUGCACUCCGGCUCCACCUCUCCCCCGGCCACUGCACCGCCGCCAGUACCCCGGCAUGGCUCACCACUGGCCUUCCGCAACAAUGUGCCAUCCGACAUCAUUGAAGACGAAGAUGCGAACCUAUUGAAGGACUCAAUGGCAGCCAGUCGAUUUCUUGGCGGUUCCAGUCAACCUAGCAACCCGUCUCCACCCGGGAGAUUCCGCAGAAAUGAAGACACAUUCUCGACAGCGUGGGAUGCAACGGACAGCAAGAAGGAGGAGGAGAACAUGUUCGAUAAUAGCAGAGCACAACCGCCGAAGGCACCUGCGAACACCCAUCGCUACACAUCCAACAACACUCACAGCCCGCCCCGCAACAAAGUUAUGACUCCCGCAGAAUUCGAAAAGUAUCGCCGAGACAAGGAACGCGAUGACAACACCAGCGAAACGGUCAAGGCUUCCGGCGACAACCGCGAUGACGAUGAGGAUCAGUAUGAUGACGACGAAGAUGACAUUGCAAAGGCGAAGCUAGCAGCCAAGCAGAGGAAGAAGCAGGAGGCUCACAUGGCCGUCUAUCGACAGCAGAUGAUGAAGGUGACGGGCGAGAACCCUAUGGCCGGCCCUUCUGGCCAUGCCGCCCGACCAAACCUUUCGGUGUCGCUUAGCACCCCAAACCUCGCAAACCUGACCGUUCCCGCGGGCCCACUGACGGGUAGGUCUGACGGUUCUGAAGGAGAGGAGGAUGAAGAAGUUCCGCUUGCCAUCCUGGCUGCACACGGAUUCCCGAAUAAGAACAAGCCUCCCGCCCGACUCUUGAACAUGGCUUCAAACCCUGAUUUGCGGUCAUCCGCCCAGUCCCAACCCGCCCAGCCUGCGAGACCGGGCUCGAGCAUGGGCGAGGGAACAGGUCCGAGAGGCACAAGCGGUGGGCAUCUACCCGCAUUUGCGAGAAAACUGCCACAAGACCCGUUCUUGGGUGCUGGUCUCAUCAACGGACCUCCACGGGAGUCUCUUACAUUCGGCGGAGGCUCUCCCGCACCCGGUGCCCAGCAGCCGGCCGUCGUAGGCGGCCUUGUCGGCGUGAUUGCUGGCGAAGAGCGGGCCCGGGCUAUGCGCAGAGGAAGCCCUAAUGUUGAAGCUCAGAACGUCGACCCUUUCACGGGAGCCCCGGUCGGUCCUGGUAACGGAGUUCCGGCCUCCAUGGUUUACAGCAAUAUGAACGGACUGAACGGAAUGAAUGGUGGUAUGGGAGGCAUGCCGCAGAUGCAACAAAUGCAACAGAUGCAGCAGAUGCAACAGAUGCAACAGAUGCAGCAAAUGCCUCAAAUGCCCCAGAUGAUGCUUACACCAGGAGACCAGGCACAGAUUCAAAUGACCCAGCAGAUGCACCAGUUCAUGCAGAUGCAGAUGCAGUUCAUGCAGAUGAUGGCGACUCCAGGUCAGAACAUAAACGGCAUGCAAAGGCCCAUGAGCCACGUUGGGACACCCUCCGUUCACGAUAGCCAGCGGCAGUCUUACUUCGGAGAUUCCAUGCUGGAGCCCCCUCGACUCGACCCCCGAACAAGGACCAUGAGCAUGGUGCAACCCAGCUCCUCUUCAUGGAUCCAGCCUCCCGGAGGAGGAUUCGCUCCAUCUAUUCACGGAGGCAUGGGCGGUGGCGGUGGGUACGCACCCAGCAUCCAUGCUCAAGGUGCCGGGUAUGCCCCCUCGAUCGCACCCUCGGAACGCAGCAACGUGGGCUUACCAGGCCGCUACAGACCCGUAACGCAAACGCUCCAACCCCUGGACUCUGGCCGACGCAUGUCGGUCAUGUCGGGCGCCAUGGGAUGGGACCAGCCUCCCAAGGUCAUUCAGCAGCAAGAGAAGAAGAUGCCUGACAAGUCCAACAGCAACUCGGACGAUGACGACGAAGAGGGCUGGGCCGCGAUGAAGGCCAAGAAGGAGAAGAAGAGGGGACUGUGGAGGACAAAGAAGAGCAUUGGCAGCGAGAUUGGAGCACUCAUCUCAUAG